UUGUCAUACAUGGCCUUUAUACAAUCCAUUCUUUACGGGUAUAAUUUUCUAAAAAUAGAUGUAAUAAUAUACGGGUAGUCUUUUAGUGUGGUACUUAGCGAACAAAAUGGAGGGAAGAUUAUUGUUUGGCAUUAUCUUGUGUAUUAGUUUUACAGGUAUAUUUGCUGGGGAGUGGUGCACUGACUACAACACUGACAGCAGUGAUUGGUGGGACCAUGAUGCCAACACAAUCUGGUGUGAGGAAGGUUGUUGUGGCGAUGGCUGGGACCAGCACUGUUGUAUCAGUGGUGAAGCUGCCAUGAUAAUUGGCAUCGUGAUAGGGUCGAUAGCCCUUGUAGCAAUAAUUGUUUCAGUGUUGGUAGCAGUAUUCUGUUGCUGCCGGAAGUCUAGAGGGCGUGCUGGACAGGUGUGUCAGCCUAAUGGAGCACAGACAACCACAGUUCAAAUGCAAGGUAUGUCAGCGACGAAUAUGGCUUAUGGGCAAGUGGGAUAUAAUGGUGCAGUCAACUAUCCAGUUGUUACUACUUCAAACAUGGCACCUUCUACAGUACAGCAAUGGCAGCCGCCAUCCUAUGAUCAGGUCUAUCCGAACAAAGAACAGUCAUUAACCCAUUGAGAGGCGAAGAGUUAAUGAAACAUUGUUUCAUGCAAAUGAAGUUUCGUUACUUUUUACAUUUCGUUCUUUUAAAUUGAUAGACUUUCGUUCUUUCAAAAGAUAUUCUUUUGAUCCAGUUACACUGUUACAGUUACGUAAGAGAAUGAUCCCCGCAAUGGUAAAUAACGAAAGACGUGUUGUUUUAAACACAGCUUCGCCUCUCGAUUCGUAUCUUUCCCUUAUCACAAGAUACUAACUGAAAGAUAUUGAUAGCUACAACUCCUUCAGCAUCUUGUCCUUCUCUUGUUUCUUGUUGUGCUUUGCUAAGGUUUGUGUUAAAAAUCAUUUUUUUAUUUCGCAGUUUUUACUUGAGAAACCAUGUAUGAUGAAAACCUGAGUGUCAUAUGUGCCUACCUUUUUAUAUAUUAAUGCAUCUUAAGUAUCAUACUUUCAAUUAUAAACGUGUGGAUGUACAUUUAAUUGUUGUUAGUUUUUUGUUUAUAAUUAUGCAUAAUAUGUGUUAUGCAACACAGUAUCUUACAAUAACUUUUUAAGAAGUACGUUUAUUUUUAAAACCAUUUAUUACUUAUAUUUUACAGGAUGAAAAUCGUAUUUUGCAAUAUUCGAAACGACGAUAUCUAUUAAAAGUGUUAGUAUUACUGCUAUGGAAACUAUAUCCAUAUUGUGGAAGGAGCAAGAUCUGAACAUGCAUGUGUAGUUUAUAUUUUCAUUCAUUGUACAUUUUCGUUGCAAAUAAAUUGCAAUCAUUA